GUGGCUCUCGGUGAAGGAGGAGACCAUCUUCCUGCACGACGGGCUGAUCCGGGUCACCGACCUGGCCGAGCUGCCCAGCGAGAUCAUCGGGGUGGCCGAACCCGCGGACACCGAGCUGGAGAUUCUAACAUUUGAGACUAAGAAUCCAACGGAACUAGCUGAGCGUUUGCGUUCUGUUUGCGGAAACCAGAGCAAUGCGUAUGCCCGCCUGCUUGAAUACCGUUUAAAUGCUUUGCGUGGACUCUGGAAUGCCCAGCGCCAGCUAGCCUUGGAAGAACAACAUGAACGGGAGAAUUCUGGGGAUGAAGAAACAUUGGCCUUGCUCAAGCGUCAGGGACUGUUACAGCAACCUGAGCAGGCACCAUUUACUUCACGUAUGGGGCUUCUGUUGGUCUUUCCUCUUAUUCAGUCUCAAAGUAGAACAGAUCCCUCUCUCUGUAACAUAACUGCUGAGGUACUAUUGAAUUGCCUUCGUGAUUGCCAGCCUUUGAGUUUGACUAAAGAACCAGCUGACUGUCUUAAUGGAAUUGAAUCUUUGCUCUGCUCCUGGUUAGAGGAAACGUCUGCCUCAGGCCAACAGAUUCCAUAUAAGCAAAAAGAGAAUGCUGCUGCUGCCCUUGUCGCCUUGGCCUGUGCAAGAGGAUCGCUGAAAACUUUUGUUCACACAGUACAUCUAUUACAAAAACAGACAGACCUGGGAUCCCUGCCUGUGGCUGAUGUAUUAUACAGGUUGCUGCUUCUGGAAGGUGGUCCUGGAUCUCCCUCCUGUUUGCUUGGUGGAAAACACAUGGUAUCUUGGGGAUUUGAAGAUAUGUUACCUGCGCCUGAUGCUAACAGUGGUUCUAACUCUGAAAACAAAGAUGCAGACUUAGGGCGCUGUCUUGCAGCAGAUGGACUUUAUCUUUAUACAUCUAAUUCAGUAGGCAAAGGAAUAAGCAAAUUAGGAUCUGGAUUACAUGGUACUCUACGAGGCUUUGUGUACUGUCGUAAUGAGGAAUUGGAGACUGGAUGGAUUGCUUUUGGCAAUGGCAAACUUCUUCAUCGGCCUGUCUCUUUUGAUAAUAAGCCUCACUCCCUUUUCCAGGUCAUUGACCAGAAUACCCUUCAGGUAUGUCAGAUACUUCCAAUGCCAGUAAAUCACUUCCCAGUUGGAAGUACUAUGACUACCGUACAUCUUUCUUCAGACGGUACCUAUUUCUACUGGAUCUGGUCUCCUGCAAGCUUGAAUGAAAAAACACCAAAGGGACACUCUGUCUUUAUGGAUAUUUUUGAACUUAUAGAAGAAAAUGAUAUAUGUAUAGCAAGUCCUCUACAGGAGCGCAUUAUACUAAUGAGGAAAGAGGGGGAAUCAGCAAAAAGUAUAAAUGAGAUGCUUCUGAGUAGGCUUUCAAGGUACAGAGCUUCCCCAUCAGCAACACUGGCUGCUCUGACUGGUUCUACAAUCUCCAAUACAUUGAAAGAAGACCAAGCAGCUGCUAACACUAGUUGUGGGCUACCACUAAAAAUGUUACGAAAGACUCCAAUGUACACAUGUGGAACAUAUUUGGUGAUGCUGGUCCCACCUCCAGGAGGGUCAGGCAGUUCUGCAACACGAUCACUGUUUGGUGGGACAAGUGGUUUGUCAUCUUUGAAAAUUCUUGCAUCUAGCUUGGUAUACAAUAUUUCGGAUGGGCAGUUCACAAGCAGAGCAGAUCUCAUCGAUGCCACAGGAAGUUCGCUUGGACGUGGUGCUCUAAUACCAGGACUUGGUGCAUGUUAUGAUACAGUGAAUAACAUGAUCUGGACAUGCUCUAAUGACUACGUUGAUCAAUGGUGUAAUCCUGGAAACCAAGCAUUCCAUUAUGUCUGUCAGAGACUGGGAGUUAGUCAUAUCAUUACGGAGCCUAGAGGAGAUGCUAUUACCACAAAUGAGGUUAUCAACCAGUUACUGCACCAUGUUGGUGCCAUGUGCAUCCACCAACUUAAUUUACUUGCAGCUAGUAACAAUCUCCCAAUAACAAAUUUUUUGGGCAAACAACAUCCAAUUGAAGCACACCAUCUCAGCAGUAUUUGUGACAUUAUGGAGAAGGCUAUGGUGAACGGAGAUACUUGCAUUAUACGCUGCAUCCUUGUUGUCUUUCAGGUGGUUUUUAAAUUUUUCUUCAGCCCUCAAACUGAGAGAAACCGAGAAAUUGUUAGACGGUCUGGCCUUUUACUUUGGCAGUUACUGAUGGCACCAAAGAGCCAGAUUUGCCCUGAAAUUCAGAAGGAGGUCUGUCUAGCGAUCAGCUCGGGCUUAACUAUGCUAUAUCCCACUGAAGUGGAAAUUAAUAACUUACUGAAGUUGGUCUUGACUGAAGGAGAAAGAAAUAGUGGGCUCUCUCAACUUCGUGAUGUGAUCCUCAAUAGUUUAGCUGAACAGCUUCAGAACAACAGAUUUGGAAGUGAAGAUGAUGAUCAUUACAGACUAAACGAUGAGCUUUUGCACUACAUUCUCAAGAUUGUUGUUCGAGAAUCUUGCAUCUUAAUCACCAAGUGCCAAACUGUAUCUAAAGAUGACUUUCAAAGACUUCUUUCAACCGUGCCUGCUGCAUCUUCAUGCUUGCGAUAUCUGAUGGCGGUACAGAACCACCUUCUGAGUAAUACUAUUUUGAUUAAACCUGAUGAGAAUGAUGACAGUGACAGCUCCUUGCAGGGAGAGACAUUGAAGGUACAGGAGCUAAAGACCAGUAUUUUGGCUCUUGCUACACAAAUCCUGACUGGAUGUGACGAAGUUUUAGAAAUGCUGCAACAAGUCACUACAGCUCUUAUAAACAGCGACAUUUCUGACAGAGAGCAGAGGUUAAAAGGCCUGGAACAAGUUACUAAGGCCACUAUGCUUGGUCACCUGCUUCCAGUAUUAUUGACAUCUCUGAUGCAUCCAAACUUACAGACGCUAACCAUGGCCGAUGCACUGAUGCCUCAGCUGGUACAGCUGGUACUUUAUACCAGUCAGACGGCCUUGUUGCUUAAAACCCAGUGUCCAGUUUUCUCAGAGGUGGGCAGUUCCCCCAGCAGUACAGCAGAGCAAAAGGGCAAGCUGUUCCCUGAUGAGAGAAUGCUGGAAGAGAAAGAGGAGCCAGGUUUUCUCACUGGCUUGAAGAUCCCAGCACCCUGGGCUGCUGGGAAAACUGUAGAAACAGUGCAUCCUGUCAGGGACAAUUACAAGUUUAAAGAAACUGUACAUAUCCCAGGAGCCCGCUGUUUAUAUCUUAGAUUUGAUAGCAGAUGUUCUUCACAGUAUGAUUAUGAUAAGUUGGUGAUCUAUGCUGGUCCUAACACAAACAGUAGGAAGGUUGCUGAGUAUGGAGGCAAUACACUGGGAUAAGGAACGGGUUGGCCGAAAGACUUAGUGAAGGUGGAAGGGGAUACAGUUACCUUCUCCUUUGAAAUGAGGAGUGGCCGUGAGCACAACACUCCAGACAAAGCUAUGUGGGGCUUUGCUUGCACUGUCCGAGCACAGGAGUCUUCAGAAGAUGUGUCGGGAGGAUUACCAUUCUUGGUUGAUCUGGCUUUAGGCCUCUCUGUGUUAGCCUGCUCCAUGCUAAGGAUAUUAUACAAUGGACCAGAAAUUACCAAAGAUGAGGAAACGUGCCAGGAACUCUUAAGAUCUAAACUGUUACAGAGAUGUCAGUGGCAGGUGGAGGCCAAUGGGAUAAUAUCUCCAGCCCUUACUCCAAGCCCUUCUCCGCUGCCUCUUACCAUAGACGAGGAUCGAGAAUUCACCUAUCCUUCUGAUGUCUUAGUGCCUCCUGUCGGACAUUACUUUGAUCUGCCUAGGAUCAGGUUGCCUCCAGGAAUCAUGAUAAAACUCAGGGAAAUAUCUGGACGUGCUCGGCCUCAGUUUAGACCUAGUAUAAAGGAAGUGAUUCAGCCAGAUGUAAUGGAGGAGAUGGUAGUUUCAUGUGUUAUUAAACAUUUGAACUUGGUUGAUGCACUCCAGUCCCUAAUAAACUUCCAGUAUCAAGAAGAACAUGCUGAGGAAUAUGAUUUGCUGUGUAAAAUUAUGGGGGAGACCUUCAAAAAGCUAAAUGCUAUGGAAAGACAAUUGCAGAGUGUAGCUGAAUUGGAACAGAGAUGGCAGAAUGAGGUAGAUGAUUCUAUACAUGGGAAGCUAGAAAACAACGUUCCAUUUUUUUACGAUUAUCAUUUCAAUGAGAGCAAAAUGAAAGAACUGGAACUUUUAUGUUCAAUGAAAGAAAUUUCCUUUGAUGGGAGUGAUCUUGAGAAUAUGGUCCUGUCAUUGAGGGAGAAAUUUUUUCAAGAAGUCAAUUCUCUGAUUCAGAAGUCCUCGCAUCCCUUGGCUAAAACAAAAGCAUUGGUAAAGAGCUUGAUGAAUAGAGCAGAGCUACUAUUGCAUGUUACUAUUGCAGCGCAAGCUGGUCUCACAAGAAGUAUAUCCGGUACCCCUGCUGAGACCCCAGCUUGUAAGUCAGCAUCUGAAACGAAAGUGAUAUCUCAUGCUGUCCGUCAGCCUGUCUUUCUUCGGAGCAUGUCAGCACCUUCUGACCUAGAAAUGAUUGGAAAUGAAGAUUUGGAGUUCACUAGAUCUACUCAGAGGCGGCGCCAUGUCACUAGUCAUAGAAGUAGCUCUUUUACUCUUCUUCAGUCUUUGACCAUUGAAGAUAGCAGAGAUAAACCUACAUACAGUGUCUUGUUAGGGCAGCUGUUUGCUUUCAUUGGGACAAAUCCUGACCAAGCGGUAUCCAGUAGCAGUUUUCUAUUAGCUGCUCAGACCCGAUGGCGCCGUGGGAAUACAAGGAAACAGGCACUCGUGCAUAUGAGAGAGCUCCUAACAGCAGCUGUUCGGGUUGGUGGUGUUACACAUCUUGUGGGUCCAGUGACUAUGGUACUUCAAGGAGGACCAAGAAUUGAAGAACUCACGUGUGGUGGGAUGGUGGAACAAGUCCAAGAAGCCUUUGGAGAGACCAUGACCUCAGUGGUUUCAUUGUGUGCUCGUUACCCCAUUGCUUGUGCAAAUAGCAUUGGCCUCUUAUGUACUAUACCAUAUACAAGGAGUGAGGAGAAGUGCCUGGUACGCAGUGGCCUGGUACAGCUUAUGGACAGACUCUGUAGUUUAAGCAGCCAGACAGAAUCCAGCUCAAAUGAAAAACAGACUAAGAAACAGAAAGUGGCUACAAUGGCUUGGGCUGCCUUCCAGGUUCUAGCCAAUCGCUGUGUUGAAUGGGAAAAAGAAGAGGGUGGGUCAACGGAAGCUGUUCAUUCUGGUCUGGCUCGACAGGUCUCCAGUCUUCUCACCAAUCACCUGGCACGAGCCACAGAAUGUUGUGGUAACCAGGCUGCUGGAAAUGAUGCACUGCAAGAUGUACUUAGCCUUCUUAAUGACUUGUCAAGGAGUCACAUAGGUAAAGCUAUCCUGAGCCAGCCAGCCUGUGUGUCCAAACUUCUCUCACUGCUUUUGGACCAACGCCCCUCUCCAAAACUCGUCCUUAUAAUCCUCCAGCUGUGCCGUGCUGCUCUUCCUCUCAUGAGUGUAGAAGACUGUGGAAAUGUUGAACUGCCCCCAUGGAGUUACUCUGUGCCUUCCUUGAACAGUGAACAAGAUGACCCCAGUGACCCCGCCUCCAAGAUUGCAUCACUGCUGUUAGCAAAACUGGCAGAUUAUGUAGUGCCAGGUUGUCAGACAGUUCUGUCUCCAACUGCUUCUGAACCAGAUAUCACUCUGGCAAAAACCAGCCCCAAAAAUUCCAUAAAAGGAGAUAAAGACCCUGGAGAAGAGAGUGAGGCAGUGGAUGGCAAACUUUCUAUUUUUAUUCACAAACGGGAAGAUCAGUCAUCCCAUGAAGUCCUUCAGCCCUUACUGAGUAGUUCAGAAGGUCGACCAUUCCGACUUGGUACUGGAGCGAAUAUGGAGAAAGUAGUGAAGAUGGAUCGGGACAUGACUAAACGUGGCUGCUGUGAGGUUAUUACAGAAGAGGCUGCUGCAGCUCUUCGGAAAGCUACCAAGUGGGCACAGUCUGGCCUAAUUGUCAGUGUCGGGCCACCUGUUGAAGCUAACAGUCCAGAAACCACUAGUGGGCUGUCAACUGGUGACAAAAAGAAAACGGCUCAAACCUCCAUUUGCCGGGAGAGGAAUUCUGAACUUGCUAGAACGGAUCCUGUACGUCCAUUUAUCAGUGGACAUGUAGCAAACAGUAUGGCAGCGGAGGUGAUUGCUCUGCUUCAUAGCUUAUUGAUGGCACCAGAAUCAAAUGCAGCUCAAAUAUGGACGACAACCGCUGAAAAAGUUCUGUCUCGGGCUCUGAUGUACAUUCCGCAACUUGGGAAAUAUGCAGAGAGUAUCUUGGAAAAUGGGAGCAGCAGUGGCAGGAAGCUUGCUAAACUUCAAAGAAUUGCUCGACAAGCGGUGGCUGCCCUAUGUGCUCUUGGUGGCUUUAAAGAGACAAUUAAAAUAGGUUCUGAAGUGCAGGUUUUGGGUAGAGGAAUAGCAGGAAGUAUUGGAGUGGUGGCUUCCAUUAAUGAACAGGAAGGUAUAGCAACUGUCAGAUUUCCACCUGCCAGUAUAGACUGUAGAAAGACCUCACAAGCAUCAGACAUAUUAACUAUUCCAUUAUCUAGGCUCUGUGUUCCAAGAUCUGAGGCAUUGCCUCUUCAUAAACUGUCCAUUACUGAGAAGGUAGUACAGGCAGUCCAGUCCAUGUUGCUCCCUCAGGAGGGAAGUCUAUCUAUUCAUACCUCACUUCCUGCAACAGGAGAUGGCUCAACUCCAGUAAUGGCAGUGGUCCGGCUCCUUGGUGAAAUAAGAACAAGAGCAUGCCUGGUGAUGGCCCAGCUAUUAGAAGACAGUUUGUUUUGUGAAGAAUUCAUAGAACAGUGUCCAGCUGCUGUAGAAGUUCUUAACUUGGUGGCGCAAGAGUGUAGUCCUGGGGAGAGGCUUCUUGUUGUAGAAGUGCAAUGUGAAAGGCUAAGAAUGUUGUAUCGAGAUUGUGCUCGUCCUCCACCUCCCCCACUUCAGGCAGACAGAAGACAGCCCAAGGAGAUAACCUGGAGCCCUUCUAGAGUGUUUCCACCUGUACGAGCAUGCAUGUUCUCAUCACAUCUCACAGCUGUGACUUUUCUGGCUGACCCUAGUGCAGGUGGGGGACUGCCCCGUGGCACGUUUAUCUACGCCACCUCCCCAGUUCCAGUUCAGGCACCAUCAUUUUACUGGGAGAUUGAAAUAGUUUCCUAUGGAGAUACAGAUGAUGACACUGGUCCGAUUGUUUCAUUUGGGUUUGCUACUGAAGCAGAAAAACGGGAUGGGGCCUGGACAAAUCCUGUUGGCACAUGUCUCUUUCACAAUAAUGGACGAGCUGUGCAUUACAAUGGCUCUAGCUUGCUGCAGUGGAAGAGUGUCCGGUUGGAUGUAACCCUUUCUCCUGGGGAUAUAGCAGGGAUUGGCUGGGAGAGAUCAGAAGGCACUCCUCCCCCCCCAGGGCAGCCAGGUAAAGGAAGAGUGUACUUCACCUAUUGUGGACAGCGACUUGGGCCCUACCUGGAGGAUGUCUCUGGCGGAAUGUGGCCAGUGGUUCACAUUCAGAAAAAGAAUACAAAAGUCCGUGCAAACUUUGGAUCUCGACAGUUUGCUUACGCUGAGGGACAAGCUCACAGGAAUGCUGCUGAUCUGUGCAUUGACCUAGCUGAAGAAAUAAGUGCCAACUUUGAAGCAUUGCCUUUCGCCAUGGCUUCUGAUAGUGAUAACGAUGCUGGUACCAGCACGGCUUCUGAUCCUGGAACCCAUGGGCCUCCUUGUAGAAUAGCUGCUGUUGCCACAGCUCAGCAACAAUAUGACAGCGACACUUCUUGUCAUUAUAAAAUGGAACUCAGCUAUGAAAACUUCUUCACAUCAGGCCCAGAUCCACAUCCCCCUGCGAUUGCAGAUGAUGAAAGUGAUGAUGAUGAUGACGAUGACAUUCCCCGGGAGGAUCAUUAUGCCCUCUUGGUUAAAGCCUGGGAAACAACUGAGAGAGAGUCUGGUUUGGACCAAAUUAAAGGGGCUUUACAGCUAGGAAUGGUAGAUAUAGCCCGACAAACUGUAGAAUUCCUUUAUGAGGAAAACGGUGGUAUCCCAAGAGACCUCUAUCUUCCUACUAUCGAGGAUAUCAAAGAUGAAGCAAAUAAAUUCACAAUUGAUAAAGUUCGGAAAGGUCUUACAGUGGUGACUCGCUGUCCAGACAGCAACAACAUGGCCAGCAAUGCUGUGGGAACAGCUUUACCAAAAUUUGCUAUUCGUGGGAUGCUGAAGACAUUUGGUCUUCAUGGUGUUGUUCUGGAUGUUGAUUCAGUAAAUGAACUGGUACAAGUAGAGACUUAUCUUAGAAGUGAAGGUGUAUUGGUAAGGUACUGGUAUCCUAUUGACAUGUUAGAAAGGCCACCUGCUGGCUAUAGGAGGACUGCAACAAAUGGAUUGGUUACUCUGGAUAAUACGAACAUUCAAAUUCACAGAGAACUUUUGAGAUGUGAAGCCUCUCUUGCACGGUUAUACUGCCGCAUGGCUCUCCUCAAUAUUUUUGCCCCCAAUCAUCCUGCUAUCCGUGAUAUCACUCUGGAGCACUUGCAGCUGUUGUCCAACCAGCCUCUUGCACCACCCCUUCCUGAUGGAACAAUCAGUUCAAGUUCCAUUCUUUUGGCCCAGUCCCUACAGUAUUGUAUCCAUUCUCAGAACUGCUCUGCCACAGACCUGUUCUACCAGGGCAGUUCACAACAAAUCAGGGAGUGGCUUGCUGUCACACCACAGCAAGGAGAGGAGAGUCUGUUAGAACUAACUAAACAAAUCUGUUCCUUCUUGCAGACUGCACCAGAACAGUUCCCUGCUGAAGAGUUCCCUAUUUCAGAGUCCAAAGUCAAUAUGGAUGUUAAUUUUCCUGGGGCUGCUUUUGUAAUUGUGUCCUGUAAGGAAAGUCAGUCUGGAUUCCGCAAAGACUCCUCCUUAUAUAAGGCUCCAUGGGCUCGAGUGUUUGUCUAUGGUCUUGGUCAUAAAAUUAAAAGGAAUGGUCAGUUAAACCUGACAGAGGCAGUAUGUUACCCUCGGGAUGCCUCUCCAACCAACACAGGCUUGACUCCACCCCCAACAACUAAUCAGUACCCUGCCGUGAUUAUCUCCACUGACAAGGUCCACAUCAAAUUAGGAGUAUCCCCCCCUCCUGGAGCUGUCUUACUUUUGCACUCUCUUCCACUUGAAUUCCCUUUGGCUCUGGCGUUUACAGAACAGCUGUUAACUUGGAAAUCAGAGAAUGGUGAUGGAAAAUCAGAAGAUGAUCUGGAUACUAUUCCUGCUUCAGUUCUCUUGCAAGUGGUGGAACUUUUAGGGAACUUCCUCUGGACAACAGACAUGUCAGCUUGUGUGAAGGAACUGGUAUUUCAUCUCUUGGGAGAGUUACUUCGCAAAAUUCACAAUCUGGAACGGAAGAAGAACCCAGCAGGGCUGUCCUCUUCUAUUGCACUUCAGCUAAAUCCCUGUCUAGCCAUGCUUAUGGCACUGCAGUCCGAAUUGCACAAAGUCUACAAUGAAGAAACUCAAAACUGGGUAUCUGGAAAUGCCUGUGGUGGUUCUGGUGUGGGAGUGGCUGACCAGGGAAGAUUUUCAACCUACUUUCACGCCUUGCUGGAAGGCUGCCUAGCUGUAGCAGAAGUGACUUUACCAGUCAACAUGAGUGUAACAGCUAAUGUCAUGUCCUCCACAAGUGCCCCCAGUCUAAGUGAUUCAUCUUCCUCUUCUUCAUCUUCUCCGGGGCAGACACCUCAGAGCCCAAGCUUUUCUACAUCCCGAGCUGCUGACACUGACACUACAAUUCUCACUAUAGGAGGAAGCAAACCUGAGGAUAUGUUGUGGUUUCAUAGAGCACUGACCUUACUUAUAAUCCUCAGACACCUAACGAAAAAGGAUCCACAAGGUCUAGGCGUGACAAAUGAUGCUGUAGCAGAUGCAUGCCAGGCACUAGUAGGUGCCACAGCUCAUAGUCGGUUACUUGUGAUUUCUGGAAUACCAACUCACUUAGAGGAGGGUGUUGUCAGAAGUGCAAUCCGGAAGGCCUGUAACGCACACGGUGGAGUGUUCAAAGAUGAAAUCUACAUCCCUUUGCAGGAAGAGGACCCCAAAAAAAUCAAGGACAAAGCAGAAGCAGGCGAAUGUAGGACUGAACUGGAAAAACCAACUGUUUCUAGUAGUGCAGAUGGUCUUGAUAUCAGCAGCUCUAGCAGCGUCACACCUGCCAUGAGCAUUAGCGCAUCAGCCUCGACAAGCCAGGCCUCCCUCUGCAGCUCACAGGGGAUCUCUCGGACAAUUAGUGAUAUUUCCGUAGACCAAUUUCCAGCCGGCCUGGAGUUGGCCAUUCCACCGGGCCUGCUAGAGCCACAUGUGGUUUCCAGCCAGGAGAGUUUAGAUCUUUCACUUUGCAGCACUGGAACUGAUCAUGUAGAAACAGCGUCUGUCUCUGAUGUUGGAUCCAUGUACACUGUCACGUCCCUGGACAGCCAGCCACUGAUGUCACGGCCAAUCAAGGGCUUCGCAGUAGUGGAGAUAAGGUCACGAGCUAAAAUAGAGAAAAUCCGAGCCAGUUUAUUUAACAGUAGUGAUCUGAUUGGUUUGUCAAGUCUGGAUGGUGAAGAUGAACUAAUGGAAAUGUCAACGGAGGAGAUUUUAACUGUAUCUACUGUAAAUCAGAGUUUAUUUGAUACACAAGGGAGUCCAGUUCUAGAAGACUAUUUUAAUGAUAAAUCGAUAAAAGGUGAGAAAUUGGUUCCAGGUGCCCGAGAAGUCCUCACAGAAAUAUUUAAGAGCUGUGUUCAUUCUGAACAAAUGCUGAGCCUAACUCCUGCGAAACCGAUUAAAGUUGCUGAUAUUUAUCUUAGCAAAGAGCAAAUAAAUUCCCAGACUCCUGGAAACCUUCUCCAUGUGUUUUUCACAAAUGUACGUCCACCAAAGAAGGUGCUCGAGGACCAACUCACUCAGAUUUUAAGGAAAUACGGUGUGCCCAAGCCCAAGUUUGAUAAGAGCAAGUAUAACAAGGGUGGCAAAGAGCAACAUCCAGUGAAAGUUGUGAGCUCCAAACGUCCGGUUACUAAACCACCUGCAAAGGAAAAGUCUGUGCUCAAUAGUGUCAGCAGAACAGCUUUAAGUGAAAAGAAACCUAUUGUAAAGCCAAAAUCUCCAGAGAAGGGCAAACCUGACGAGAAGGAUCCAGAGAAGUCUCCUACAAAGAAACAAGAAGUUCCAGAAGAGAAAUAUUUGACGCUGGAUGGAUUUCACAGAUUUGUUGUUGAUCGAGCCAAACAGGACAUCCGUAGUGUGUGGAGAGCCAUUUUGUCCUGUGGAUAUGAUCUGCAUUUUGAAAGGUGUGCCUGCAUUGACACAAAGCAUGCUCAGAAAGCAUCCCGGAAGUGGACGUUGGAAAUGGAUGUAGCCCUUGUGCAGUACAUCAACCGACUCUGCCGUCACCUUGCAAUUACCCCAGCACGACUGCACCCACAUGAAGUGUAUUUGGAUCCCGCUGAUAUAGCAGAUCCCAGAGUCUCUUGUCUGCUAAAUGUUCCCAUUGAAAGUCUUCGCCUGCGCUUUGCACUACUCCAGUCUCUGAACACCACAUUAGAGACAUUCUUCCUGCCGCUGGUGGAGUUGCGACAGACAGACGUGUACACUAACAGUAUUGCUGCAUUACUGCAAGAGGCCAAAGGGUUAAUGUUUUAUGACACCAAGGUGACUGUAAUGAAUCGAGUGCUGAAUGCCACUGUGCAAAGAACAGCAGAUCAUGCAGCCCCAGAAAUCACCCUGGAUCCAUUAGAAAUAGUGGGAGGGGAGAUCCGUUCUUCAGAGAAUUCCUACUUUUGCCAGGCAGCUAGACAGCUAGCCUGUGUCCCAUCCUCUCAGCUGUGUGUGAAAUUAGCCAGUGGCGGGGAUCCCACAUACGCCUUUAAUAUUCGCUUCACUGGAGAGGAGGUUCAUGGAACAAGUGGUUCAUUUCGUCACUUCCUGUGGCAGGUCUGUAAGGAGCUACAGAGCUCCUCGCUUUCCCUGCUCUUGCUGUGCCCCAGCUCUGCAGUCAAUAAGAAUAAGGGGAAGUACAUUCUGACACCUAGUCCUAUCACCUAUGCGGAGGAGCAGCUGCUUCAUUUCUUCGGACAGCUACUGGGCAUUGCAGUUAGAGCAGAUGUUCCUCUUCCACUGGAUCUCUUAGCCUCCUUCUGGAAGACCUUAGUAGGAGAACCGCUGGAUCCAGAUGUUGAUCUCCAGGAAGCUGACAUCCUUACCUACAACUAUGUCAAAAAAAUUGAAAAUAUAAAUGAUGAGACUGAACUGGAAGCCUUGUGUGCUGAAAUUGCAUCCCAGCAUCUAGCAACAGAGAGCCCUGAUUGCCCUAACAAGCCUUGUUGCAAGUUCACCUACCUGAGCAUGACAGGUGAAGAGGUGGAGCUGUGUCCCAGAGGCAGGCACAUUCCUGUAGUGUGGGAGAAUAAGGACAUCUACGCAACAGCAAUCCGGAACCUGAGGCUGCGUGAACUGCAGAAUCCCGACUGCAUGACAGCUGUACGUGCCGGGCUAGGAUCGAUUAUACCCCUGCAGCUUCUAACAACACUGACUCCUCUCGAAAUGGAGCUAAGGACAUGUGGGCUACCUUACAUUAACCUGGAGUUCCUAAAGGCCCAUACUAUGUACCAGGUCGGGCUGAUGGAAACGGACCAACAUAUUGAAUUUUUCUGGAGUGCAUUGGAAAUGUUUACUCAGGAAGAACUCUGCAAAUUCAUAAAGUUUGCCUGCAACCAGGAACGAAUCCCCUUUACAUGCCCAUGCAAAGAUGGAGGGCCAGACACUGCACAUGUCCCACCUUAUCCCAUGAAAAUUGCACCCCCAGAUGGAGCUGCAGGUUCCCCAGAUUCUCGGUACAUCCGUGUUGAAACCUGUAUGUUCAUGAUAAAGCUUCCUCAAUAUUCCUCUCUGGAUAUAAUGCUGGAAAAGCUACGGUAUGCAGUUCACUACAGAGAGGAUCCACUUAGCGGCUGAGUUGAGCAAGACCAAGACCAGGGAUGCUUUCGGGAGGUUCGUUUUAUGACUCUGCUCUGUUGGAAAGCCUGGGAUUCUCAUGAAGAUAUCUCCUGUGACACUACAUGAAGAAUUGGAGACUAAUUUAUUUUUUAAACUUCUGUUCCCAUUACAGUAAUUACUGGAAGACUUACAUUUUAUAUUUGUAGAUUUUUGUGGUGGACUGGUUAUUUUGCUGCCUUGUUUGUGGAAUAUUUGUAGGAUAGUUUAGUACAGACUGGUUUGAUGUGUAUAAUUUAAUUUUAAAAGACCUUUGAACAUGGGCAUUUCUAAUUUUGUAAUUUAGAAUUGUGUUGUCCUUGUAAACACAACAGACUUGAGUAUUCUGAGGUUGAGAGCUCAGGUCUAAAUAAUUAGAGUUCAUUCUCUCUCUAAAACAUUUGAGUACAAAAAUAGAAUGAUUUUUUUUAAAAUCACUUUCAUUGUUCAUAAAACCAGAAUAAUGUAUCUCUCAUGAAAGCUGAGAGUUUUUCUGUACUCAAUACACUGAACUCCAGCACACACAAACAUGCUUGGAUUUUAUAACAGAAAACAUGCUUCCAAAUUACAUAUCCUGAAAUGUUCUUGAUUUAAUUAUUUAAAUACAAAACACACACAUUGGUAACUGCCAUAAUACAUUUUAGUGUUUCAUUUUCAAAUUUCAAAGUUGAAUAGAUGAAAGACCCAGAACACAGAGUGACCAUGAUACUGUUAGGUCCUACCCAAGACAUUCCUGGCUUGAUAGUGAACCUACUAACAAAAAUGUCUUCACUGAUCUUUGUUUCUUCCAGUAUUUAAAAAACAGUGAGUUCUCUCUAUGUCCAUGUUCGGAAUAUUAACUAGUGAUUAAAGCAUCUGUCGUUUGUGUUUUGUACUAAAAAAAUAUUUAUGUACAUUUAAGCAAAUUAUCCUAAAGAUGUGACACAUUGGGUCUGGGGGAAGGUGCCAAGUUGCAGAAUUGAAGAUGUAGCUUUUAUAUGGAAAGACAAUGGUGGAAUAUAGGAAGUGAUAAUUCUGUGUGUUAAACUGUUGUAUGUUAUGGAAUGUGUUCUGCAGUGAGAAAACACAGCACAUCUAUCUUCCUUCACUAAUGCAAAAAAGUGUUGUCCUAUAUUAGGUGUGUUUAAAGUGAGGCAUCAGAAUUGAACGCCUAUAAAAACCUAUUUGUGCUCAAGCACUGACGUGAACAUUGAAAUUACUGCUGUACAUCUUGGCUCAGUACUCUGUAAGUUAAGUGCCCGUAUUGAGCUACAGGUCAGUCAUUUUCCUGCUGGUACACAUCUAACCACAUAAAGGUCUAUGACUGUGUGUGUGUGACUGUACUUUAAGGUUGGUAUUAUGUGUCUCUGUAGAAGACAGAUAUACCCUAAUUGUUUGGCUUGUCAGUUGUAAUGGGAAUUGAAAAACUGUAUUUUUUUGUAUAUUAUUGUGAAUAUUGGGAAUUAUUAUGUGUGAGAUGUUUGGAGAGCAGGGUGUGUGAGAACAGAGAAAGCCACUAAGUGUGUGUAUGCUUCUUAUUCUGUGAGUGAAUGGAAAAGGAAUGUGUGUGCGUGACAGCUGUAGUAGUAGUAGUUGUUGUUGUUGUUGGCAUACAAUGGCUCCAAAUCCUGUUGUUAGGAAAAUUGUUACCAUUCUGUAGAAUUUCCUUUCUCCCCCCCCUCUCCUCUGAGAGACAUGUAGGAAUAUUAUAUACUCUUGAAUCUUGUCCACUUCCUGGUAGAAGCAUAGAUGUAGCUGAAAUAUCAUUCCAAGUAAGGCAAACAUAUAUAAAGUUUACAAAGACCAGAGGAAAACUAAGCACGAUAUGUUGCUUGAAAUGCUUUACUACCCCCUAAAAGGUGCAUUCUCACUGAGCAUGGGGAACAUGAAAAAUGUCAUCAGAAUUUCAUAGCAGAACUGUUGCUAAAAAAGGCUUUGGUUUUCUUUCUGGUGGUUUGAAUAGCAUUUUUGAACUGUUCAGGUAUCUCCUUUCAAACCCCUGAGUGGACUCAAAAUUCAGUCAAAUACCUCACGGAUAGGGGUUUGAGGACUUGGUAUGCCAAUCCUUUCCAAUGAUAUGAUUACAGCUGUGAGUAAGAUAACUGCUGCUAAUGUUUCUGCUUCUCCUUCCAGAAAGCACAUGAGUAAAGCAUAUCCACAUCUUGGCCCUGAAAUGUGUGCUGUAAAGUUACUUGAUAUAUUAUUUAUUAUAGUUAUUUAUGGUUGCAUUUAACAGACUUUCAGUCAAUGCUGUUUACACCCUGCUGUGUAAAUGAAGCUUCUUACUACAGGAAAAAUGUGUCAACAAUAAAUAAUGUUCAUCUA